GGUGCGGUUGCCGAGGAAGAUGGCGGGCCUGGGGAGCUGGUGGUCGGAGGGGUGCUGAGGGCGGAGACUACAUCUGUUGCCUGUGGUGAGUGAUGGAAGAGAUGGAAGGAACAUAUCGAGUGUUGCAGACUCCUGGAGCUCGACUUGGAGCACAGACACAUGCAGCGAUUAGUACGUUGGAGCCGGGGCAAAGCCUCUCCAUGGCAUCGUCUCUCAAAGCUCGGGGCAGAGGGAUCCAGCUUAUGGUCCAGUUAUUGGAUGAUGUACAGGAGCAGGUUGAAGUAGAGCAAAAAGCCUAUGGUCAGGCUCUGAUGGAUGAAAUCUGCCACCGUCUCAACCUUGUCGAGAGUGAUUACUUUGGGUUGGAGUUUCGCAACAGCCGGGGGAAUGAGAUUUGGCUUGAACCUGCAAAACUUAUUGUGAAACAAGUGCGAAGACCAAAGAACACAGUGUUCAGGCUUUCUGUUAAGUUUUUCCCCCCUGAUCCUGGCCAGCUGCAGGAGGAGUAUACAAGGUACUUAUUUGCACUGCAGAUUAAACGGGACCUGGCAGAGAACAAAAUCACGUGCAAUGAUAAUACGUCCGCACUCAUCAUCUCGCAUCUCUUGCAGUCUGAAAUUGGAGAUUGUGAUGAAGCUCUGGACUUGGAGUACCUUAAGAAUAACGCACUCUUACCAAAUCAGGAGAUGUUGCAAGAAAAGAUUGUAGAGUUCCACCGGCGAAACAUAGGCCAGACUCCAGCUGAAUCAGAUUUCCAGGUAUUAGAGAUAGUUCGGAAGCUCGAAAUGUAUGGAAUUCGGUUUCACCCGGCCUCCGACAGGGAAGGGACAAAAAUUAAUCUGGCUGUCGCCCACAUGGGAGUUUUGGUGUUUCAGGGCAAUACGAAAAUUAACACCUUCAACUGGGCGAAGAUUCGGAAGCUUAGCUUCAAGAGGAAAAGAUUUCUCAUUAAGCUGCAUCCAGAAGUCCAUGAUUCAUACCAGGAUACAUUGGAAUUUCUGCUGGCUGACCGUGACCUGUGUAAGAUCUUCUGGAAGAACUGUGUUGAGUACCAUACCUUCUUCAGACUCCUGGACCAACCCAAACCAAAGGCCAAGCCUGUUUUAUUCAGUCGGGGCUCCUCCUUCAGAUACAGUGGGAGGACACAGAAGCAGCUCGUUGACUACAUGCGAGAGAGUGUGAUUAAGACUACUCCUUAUCAGAGGCGGCACAGCAGAGCACGAGUCUCAGCUCGGACUUUGAGCGCAGACGUGCCAAAACAGAGUUUAUCGUUCACUGAAGGUGUAGAGGUCCCAGGCUCUCCUUCCUCAGCUGCUGUUUGCUUUCAAUCCAUCCAAUCUGCACAUAGGACUGUUGCUGACGGUCGGCCCAUUCACCCCAAUAACAGCACCAUCCUCCUCGUCAGCAAGCACUCUGCUCAGAGAACCCCAUCAGAAGUGAAGAGGAGUGCAACGUUGGAUGAGACAUGGAAGACUUCUAAUCAGCCCUCUCCGAUCUCCUUGCAAGGUUCUGUUGCUGAAGCUGCAGGCAGCUGCAGUCGCUCCUCCUCGGGUUGUGAUGAGCAUAGUGGUUUAACUAGAGAAGACAGUGUUAGUGACGGGAGGCUCCCUCUGAGAAAUGACAAUGAUGAGGAUGACUAUACCACAGGUAGUUUAGUCGAUAGCCUGCAGCUGUCUCCUCUUGCUACAAGAAGUCCUUUGAAUGUGCUGCUUCCUGGAUCCCAGAUGUCUAAUCAAAAUUUGCCCCCUCAGUCUCUGUCGCCACUGCAGAGCCCAAUCCUUAGCGACGCAGGGAGCACCAGGGUGGAUGAUGAAGAAGAGGACCGUCGGAAGCGUUACCCAGCUGACAAGGCUUACUUCAUUGCAAAGGAAAUCCUGACCACAGAGAGGACCUAUCUGAAGGAUUUGGAAGUCAUCACUGUGUGGUUCCGUAGUGCUGUUAUCAAAGAGAGUGCAAUGCCAGAUGGACUUAUGACUUUAUUGUUUUCCAACAUUGACCCUAUUUAUGAGUUUCAUCGUGGAUUCCUGAAAGAGAUUGAACAGCGGCUAGCAGUCUGGGAAGGACGAUCCAAUGCACACGUGAAGGGAGAUUAUCAGAGAAUCGGCGAUGUCAUGCUUCAUAACAUGGGCGUCCUCAAGGAGUUUGCCAGCUUCCUACAGAAACAUGAUGAGGUUCUAACAGAACUGGAGAAAGCCACCAAGCAAUCAAAGAAACUGGAGAAUGUUUACAAAGAAUUUGAGCUGCAGAAGGUUUGUUACCUACCGCUGAAUACAUUCCUGCUGAAGCCCAUCCAAAGGCUGAUGCACUACAAACUCAUCUUGGAGAGACUCUGCAAGCACUAUCAUUCUGACCAUCGAGAUUACAGAGACUGCAGAGAUGCCCUGAAGGAAGUCAGAGAUAUGAGUGCUCAGCUUCACAGCAGUUUAAUCAGACUGGAGCAUUUUCAGAAACUCACGGAGCUGCAACGAGACCUUAUUGGCAUUGAGAAUUUGAUUCUGCCUGGGAGGGACUUCAUUCGGGAAGGCUGUCUCUAUAAACUUACCAAAAAAGGGCUGCAGCAGAGGAUGUUUUUUCUGUUUUCUGACAUGCUAUUGUACACGAGCAAAGGAGUGACAACCAGCAAUCAAUUUAAAGUACAUGGGCAGCUACCACUAUACGGAAUGAUAAUCGAGGAGAGUGAGAACGAAUGGUCUGUUCCACAUUGUUUCACCAUAUACUCUGCUCAGAGGACAAUUGUUGUAGCAGCCAGCUCCCGAGUAGAGAUGGGGAAAUGGAUAGCGGACUUGAACAUGGCCAUUGAGGUGGUGAAGAAGUCAUAUGAGAAGAGAGAGACAACUCUGGAAAGCAACAUCUGUGAUCGAUCAAACACUAUUCCUCUUUAUGCAUUUAUCCUGAUGUUCCCAGGAUCUUCAGAUGAAGUGUCACUGGAGCAGGAAUCUGAAGACGACACUCACUCCUCCCACAGCUCGUUGGACAAGCAGACCCAUCACCGUGCCAAUACCACAAUGCACGUGUGCUGGCAUCGCAACACGAGUGUCUCCAUGUUGGACCACAGUGUUGCAGUGGAGAACCAGCUCUCGGGUUACCUGCUGAGGAAGUUCAAGAACAGCAAUGGGUGGCAAAAACUUUGGGUUGUCUUCACCAACUUCUGCCUCUUCUUCUACAAGACCCACCAGGUGGAUGGAAGUUAUCAAGAGUGCAACCAGUUCACCGGGACGGAUGAUCCACCUCAGCCAGAAGGACGCAUGGUUAGGCUGAAGUGUUCGGAAUGCCAUCAUCCAGGAUCUGGAAAUUCCUUCAGGAGAAAAGUAGUACCAGGAAAACCUUUGAUUGGAGGACAUUAGGCAAAAUGGGAACUGGAUUAAAGAUCCAUAGAAAAACAGCAAAUCUAUUCAGAUCAGAAUACAACACUAACUGGGAUUAAAGUAACUGACUCAUCUCAGCUACUCAGCUAGGAGCAAACCUUGUUACCUUUCAAAGGAAAACACCAUUUAUCGUAGAGCAACAGGGAAAAAGUCACUCCCCAGUGUGAGGUUGGGUUGGGGCCAGGCUGAUUGUUUAACGUGUACUUUACAAAUGAAACCGAUUCCAUUCCUGUAUUUAAUGGUUUAAUGUUGAUUUGUCUAGGGAAAUCUAAAGCAGCAUUCAUCUUCUGCCAAAGGAAUUGCUUUCUAUGUAAUAAAUAAUUUUAGAACC